AUGACACCGCGCCCCUACCCGGUCCACCUCGUCACGGCCUGUCAUGGCCUCUGGGGACACCCGUCCCACAUCGCCUACAUCAAGGAGUCGCUCCUGUACCACACCUCGCGCCCAACCUCGUCCUCGUCGUCAUCCUCGUCGCCUGCGCCAAAGGUCGUCGUCCUCGUGCCCGAGACCAACGCAGUCUCGUUCGCCCACACGUACGAUGGCAUCGACACGUGCGCCGACCGCGUCGUCGACGAGAUCGACGCCGAGCUCAAGCGCAUCCACGACGACGGCGGCCGAGUAGAGGCGUUCAGCAUCGUCGGUUACUCUCUCGGCGGCCUCGUUGCUCGCUACGUCCUCGGCCUUCUCGACUCGCGCUCCCCCUCCUUCUUCGACGACGUCCGCCCCGCCCACUUUGCGACGUUCGCCUCUCCCGCCAUCGGCAUUCCGCGGUACAAGACGUUUUGGUCGUCGACGUUCGCCUUCCUCGGCAGCCGCCUCCUGUCUCGCACCGGCAGCCAGCUCCACGAGCGCGACCGGUUCCUCCCCGCCUACUUUAACGCCGAGGCGCCCGCCCAGGACGGUCGCAAGGGCAUCAGCAAGCUCUUGCCCCGACGCAAUGCCGCAGAGCCGCUCCUCAAGAUCAUGGCCGACCCGCGGUACAGCUUCUACCGAGCCUUGACCCGGUUCGAGCACAUCGACGUCUUCGCCAACACGUGCGUCUCGGCCGCUCUCUCUUCCUUCCAUUCUAGUUCGUGA